CCGGGGUCGGCGCGCAGGCCCCGCCCGAGCUCCCGCCGCCCCCGGAGGGCCAGCUCGGCGGAGGGUCCUGACCCCGCCCCUCUCGGAGCCCCUCGGCCGCAGGAGCGCCCCUCUCCAAGGGCAGCCGUCCCGGGGUGUCCCGCCCUCCCUGUGCUCGGGGACCCUGCCUGUGACAUGGGGGCUGGCGCCGGUAGCCUGGCGAGGAGGCCCUGACAGCCUGGUCUGCUGGGCCCGGGGCAGGCGGGACAUCGAGGGGCCGGGGCCGGGGAAGGGGCCGUGGUCGCACAGGAUGGCGCAGGGGGAGGACAGGAGCCUGCCCGAGGUGCGGGCGCGGGUCGGGGCCUUGCACGGCAUCACCGACCUGGCCCGCAAGCUCCACUUCUACGACUGCUGGGCUCCAGACUACGACCAGGAUGUGGCUGCUCUGCAGUACCGCGCCCCACGCCUCGCAGUGGACUGCCUCACCCAAGCAUCUCCAGGCCUGCCCCACACCGCCCUGAUCCUGGAUGUGGCUUGUGGCACCGGUCUAGUGGCUGCUGAGCUGCAGGCUCAGGGCGUCCUCCAGCUGCAUGGGGUGGACGGGAGCCCAGAGAUGCUGGAACAGGCUCGGGCUCGCGGCCUCUACCAGCGCCUCAGUCUCUGCACCCUGGGCCAGGAGCCCCUGCCCAGCCCUGAAGGGACUUUUGAUGCAGUGCUAAUGGUGGGUGCCCUCAGCGACGGCCAGGUGCCCUACAGUGCAGUACCUGAGCUCCUACGUGUCACCAAGCCAGGUGGGCUGGUGUGUCUGACCACCAGGACCAACCCUUCCAACUUUCAGUUUAAGGAGGCACUGGAGGCCACCCUGGACCAGCUGGAGCAGGCUGGGGCAUGGGAAUGCCUAGUGGCCUGGCCGUGGACCGGUGGGAGCUGGCCACCUCUGAGCUCGAGGUGGUGCCCAGCACCUCUGCCAAUGACGGCUUCAUCUCCGGCAUCGUCUACCUAUACCGAAAGCAGAAGGUGGCCCAGGCCAAGGGGGUGAGGCCCAGCCCCCAGCCCCUCCUGGACCUCUGACCCUUGGUGUCAGGCCUGUCUUCGGGGCCUGCCCUGCUUCACCUGUAAAAUGUUGCCAGCUCUUCCUGCUCCUCAUGAAUGCUCUGGCUAUUAAAUGAGCCCCCAGGAGGGAGGAAAAGACUGAUGACUCUGUUACUCUUGUCCCAGGAAGGAGUGGCAAGCCGGGCACACUCACAGAUGUGACUUUAAAACUCCUCCCAGGGUGGUGGGCACAUUACCUCUAACUCACAGAUGAGGACACUGAGCCUGGGCAGCGUGGGGACAUGCACACACUAACACGGGCAGAGGAGGGUCAAGUCCAGGGCCGGGUGACUACUGAGACCCAGGUCCUGUCCCAGACAACCCCAGGGCCCAGCUGUAGGUCAGGCGUAGGUCAAACAUUUCCACACGUCCCAGACUUGGCUUCAUCAUCUGGAAAGUGAGGCUGGACUGCGUGGGAGCAGGUGAAAGGGCUUGGUGACCAUCAGGAGAGGGGACGGGACAGGACAGGACUAAGGAGGAGUCCUGCAUCUGGGAGCUGUGGGACGGCGUCAUGGGGAGAGGCGUGAAGCUGGGCCUUCAGGACAAGCAGGAGUCAGAAGGCUAGAGAAAGAAAAAAGACAUUGCAGGCCCAGGGCAAGGACAGCCUGGGUGGGACCUGUAGGGUGACCCAGAAAGGGAGGGCGAACCAGCCUGGCUGCCCAGACAAAGAUGGGUGAGGAGGAAGAGAGGGCCACAGCCUGUGUGUCUCCAUCUGUCCUCCCCUGGGGUCGUCUGGCGCCUCACCAAGUCCUGGGCAAACACUUGGGUUUCCUGCACACGGAGUUUACCCUACAAAUAAUAAAGCGCUUGAACAAGGUGACUGCAGAGAUCGGGACCAGUUCCGAUUUUUCCUAAUGCCAUAAAAACCAAUUUUUUAAGUGCUCAAGUCGUGGCCACAAGACAAUGGUUGUGCCUCUCACUGGCCCCUGCCCUUCCCCAGGCUCUAGCCCUCCUCCCGCCCACCUCCACCACUGAAAUCAGAGACAACAAAUACCCGAGU